AUGACACAGAAGAAAGAUGACUUCAAUUUGAAAUCUAAAGAAGAAGAAAAGCAAAUGAUUGAAUUCACAAAUGCAUUACAAGACAACAUGAAAAAAGUCUUACCAAAUUUAAAAAAAGUUAUUGAUACUUUAGAACAAUACUGUGAAACUGAAACUGCUUUAAACCAAGUUACAGUAAAAGUUAUUACUGCCCUUGAUGGAAUUGCUGAAACUGGAAUGGGAGAUUUCAAUAAAGGAAUUGCUGUUGUUAGAGAAAUUCUUUGUGAUUUGUAUAAUGGAAGACAGACAAGUAUUAAUCAAGGAACAUUAAUGCUUUUAGACUCUCUUAAAAAAGAAUACACUGCUAGAAGUAAAGAAGUACAACAGUUAUCAACAAGUACAACAAAAGAAAGAAAAAAAUUUGAUCAAGACUUAUCUAAUGCAGAAAAGAAAACGGCAUCUACUUCUAAUUUUAAAGAAGCUAUGGAAGAAUAUAAACGUAUAGAAAAAGAAAGACAAAAAAUUUUAAUGAGUCAUUUACAAGUAACUGUUAUGUCUAACAGAGCUACUUUUGGUUCUAUUAUUGGGUCAUUUGCUUUAUUCUUUAAAUCUACUGGUAGUUCAUUGACGUCAUCUGGAGAUAAGUUCAUUUCAUAUGAGCCUUGGCUUAAUAAAUUAUCAAAGUCUAAGUCUAAUAUCCCGAGAGAACUACGUGCUUUGAUGACAAAUAAAAAACAAAGUUAUGUAAAUCUUUCUGGUAUCUCUACUGAAUUAAAACAAAUUUUAAAAUCUGCUCGUUUAAAACCUUCUCACUUAGCAAACAAGGAAAUAGUUACUCAACUUUAUAUCACUAUUAAACAAAUGGUAGAUGCUGGUCAACUUCCUUCAGAUUUACUAGACCAAUUGAAAACAACUGGAAAUGUUGAUGAGCGUGUUCUUCAACAAACUCAAACCGCUCGUAGACCAACUAAAACAGGAUGGGUAAGUGCUCGUGUCCCUGGUAAAGGAGGUUUUAAACCAAAGUCAAAUUCACAACCUUCUCAAAAGGCUACAUACAACCAACAACCAACUCAGUCAUUUAAUGCACCACCACCUCCUCCUCCUUCAUAUGGUGGACAUCAUAAUGUUCCACCACCUCCUCCUCCAGCAUUUGAUACAGGUUGUGGUGUUCCACCCCCACCUCCUCCAGCUCGUGGUACAGGCUGUGGUGCCCCACCACCCCCACCCCCUCCAGCAUUUGAUACAGGUUGUGGCAUUCCACCACCACCACCUCCUGCUCGUGGUACAGGUUGUGGUGCUCCACCCCCACCUCCUCCUCUAAAUGCCCCACCACCCCCUCCACCACCAGCUCAUGGUACAGGUUGUGGUGUCCCACCCCCACCACCUCCAUCUUUGAAUAAUCCACCAUCCAAUAUAUCUACACCUAAAGCCUCUGCACCUUCUCUUCUAGAUCAGAUUCGUGGAGGUACAUCCCUUAAGAAAUCUACUGAUAGAGUCCUUCAGCCACCAAAAGAAGAAUUAACAGCUCAACAAAAAGGAGACUUAACCUCAUUAUUAUGUGGUGUUAUGGCUAAUAGAAGAAAAGAUAUUGCUGACGAUGAAUAUGAUGAUGAUGAUGACUCAUCAGAUGAAUGGUCAGAAUAA